AUGUUAUCUUUAGGAAAGGGAGUAGCAAAAUCAUCCAUCUUGCAGAGGACUCUAGCCUCUUCUACCGUUGCUAGCCAAGUGCGGACACUCCAAACAAGACCGGACUCAGGUGCUAAAUAUCACGUAGUCGAUCACGAAUACGAUUGUGUGGUGGUAGGAGCCGGUGGUGCAGGCUUAAGAGCAGCUUUUGGUUUAGCUGAAGCCGGAUACAAGACUGCCUGUCUAUCGAAGUUGUUUCCGACAAGGUCACAUACCGUCGCCGCCCAAGGUGGAAUCAACGCAGCUUUGGGGAAUAUGCACCCGGAUGAUUGGAAGUCGCACAUGUAUGACACUGUCAAGGGUUCCGACUGGCUGGGAGACCAAGACGCCAUCCACUAUAUGACACGCGAGGCUCCCAAGUCGGUUAUUGAGUUGGAACACUACGGUAUGCCAUUUUCGAGAACUGAAGAUGGAAAAAUUUAUCAAAGAGCAUUUGGUGGCCAGUCAAAAGACUUUGGUAAGGGCGGUCAAGCCUAUAGAACUUGUGCUGUGGCAGACAGGACAGGUCACGCAAUGCUUCAUACACUCUAUGGCCAGGCACUGAAGAAUAAUACGCAUUUCUUCAUCGAAUACUUUGCAAUGGAUUUGUUAACUCAUAACGGCGAAGUUGUUGGCGCCAUUGCCUACAAUGAGGAAGAUGGCACCAUUCACAGGUUCAGAGCUCAUAGAACCAUCAUUGCCACGGGCGGAUAUGGUAGAGCCUAUUUUUCGUGCACAUCCGCCCACACUUGUACCGGCGACGGUAACGCUAUGGUUUCUCGUGCUGGGUUUCCGCUAGAGGAUUUAGAAUUCGUUCAGUUCCAUCCUUCAGGGAUUUAUGGGUCCGGCUGCCUUAUCACCGAAGGUGCCCGUGGUGAAGGUGGAUUCUUAUUGAAUUCUGAAGGAGAACGGUUUAUGGAGCGGUACGCCCCUACCGCUAAGGAUUUGGCAAGCAGAGAUGUUGUGUCCAGAGCAAUCACCAUGGAAAUCAGGGCUGGUAGAGGUGUUGGGAAACAUAAAGACCAUAUACUUUUACAAUUGAGCCACUUGCCACCAGAAGUGUUAAAGGAGAGAUUGCCAGGGAUCUCCGAAACAGCUGCUGUCUUUGCUGGUGUGGAUGUUACUCAGGAACCAAUUCCUGUCUUACCAACGGUUCAUUAUAAUAUGGGCGGUAUCCCCACAAGAUGGACUGGUGAGGCAUUAACCAUCGAUAAGGAAACCGGGGAGGACAAAGUCAUCCAAGGCCUGAUGGCUUGCGGGGAAGCUGCGUGCGUAUCCGUUCACGGGGCCAACAGAUUAGGCGCUAACUCGCUACUGGAUUUAGUAGUCUUCGGCCGCGCCGUUGCUAAUACCAUUGCUGACACAUUACAACCUGGUCUGCCACACAAGCCAUUACCUUCAAACAUUGGUCACGAGUCAAUUGCUAAUUUGAAUAAGGUGAGAAAUGCCAACGGUUCGAAAAAAACUUCUCAAAUUAGGUUGAAUAUGCAAAGGACAAUGCAAAAGGACGUCUCUGUUUUCAGGACGCAAGAAACUCUGGACGAAGGUGUCAGAAACAUUGCUGAAGUCGACGAAACGUUUCAAGAUGUACACGUUUCCGAUAAGUCAAUGAUUUGGAAUUCCGAUCUCGUGGAAACCCUGGAACUGCAAAAUCUACUAACUUGUGCCACACAAACAGCGGUUUCUGCAGCAAAACGAAAGGAAUCUCGGGGCGCCCAUGCAAGAGAAGAUUAUCCCAAGAGAGAUGAUGUGAACUGGAGGAAGCAUACCUUGUCCUGGCAAAGAGGGACAUCCGGUCCUGUAGAGGUCAAGUACAGGGGUGUGAUUGCACACACAUUAGAUGAAACUGAAUGCUCGUCCGUUCCCCCAGCGGUCAGGUCCUAUUAA